CCCUAUACAAAACAGGAUUGAAGACGACCAGCUGUCGGCAGCGGAAACGGCUGGAUUAUCUGACAAGUCGGCGGGUGUGUCCCGUCCGAACCGGAGAAUCGUCUAUGACUUAUGAAAGAGCGUCUCGGCGGCUCUGGUCUGGUCUGGGGUCGCGCAUGUGAAUCAGUGGCGGCGAAAGUUGACACCCGAGGAGGCACGAGGUUCAACGCCCGCGCCAGGGCUCAGGGCGGUGCUUUUGAUCAACGACGAAGCAAUCUCCUCUAUUUAAUUGUGCUACUCUGCAGUUAACUAAUUGACCGGACAUCGCUGCACUACAAUGGACAAUCGCAAAUCAGCCCUUAUCACCGGGUGUUCGCCCGGUGGCAUCGGCCACUCGCUAGCUCUAGAGUUCCAGCGGCAUGGCCUUAGGGUCUUCGCGACCGCGAGAAACAAAAAUACUAUCGCAGAUUUGAACGAUCGAGGAAUUGAGACGUUGAGUCUGGAGGUCGACCAGGAGAGAAGCGUACUAGCUUGCCGCGACGAGGUGGCUUCGCUGCUGGGACCAGAUAAGGGACUGGAUUAUCUUGUCAAUAAUGCUGGCCAGAACUAUACCGUUCCAGCCCUAGAUGCGGAUAUCAAUGAGGCGCGACAGGUUUUCGAAACGAACUUUUUCGGCGUCAUAAUGAUGUGCCAGGCUUUUGUCCCUCUUCUCAUAAAAGCCCAAGGCACAAUCGUGCAGAUUGGCUCGCUUGCAGGGAUAAUACCUUACGUCUUCGGCUCUGUAUACAAUGCUUCUAAAGCAGCCCUGCAUUCCUUCAGUGACACUCUGAGAGCAGAAUUGGCGCCACUCGGCGUCCACGUAACAACCAUCAUCACCGGUGGCGUAAAAUCCCGCAUAGCGCGCGUUGAACGAACCCUCUUACCCACCUCCCUCUACCAGCCCAUUCGCAACGACUAUGCGCGGCGCGUCACCCACAGCCAACACGGCGCUAUGCCCAACGAAGCUUAUGCCAAAACCGUUGUCACACAGAUAUUGUAUGGCUCAGCGCCCUGGAGAUGGAUAUGGCCCUGGAGCAGAGGGCCGGGACGGAAGAAGUGGAUUUGGGCUGGAAACAAAGCAAACUUGGUGUGGUUCCUGAGCGCUGGAUGGGCCUGGAUAGGACUAUUUCAGUGGGCGCUAAGUCGGAUGUUUAACUUGGGAAAGUUGAGGAAGGCCUUCUUGGAGGAAAAGAAAAAGGCGAAGAAAACAUAGAGCGACUACUUUGCAAACAUGAGCAGUGUCAGAGAAAAGUGGCACCCAUAAGGUGUACAAUUAUGGCUGAAGUGCGCCUAAUAAUAAAUUUUCGGAGUAUAGAAAAAGAAAAGUAUUGAGCAAUUUUCCAAAA